AAAGUGAGCAAGAAAUGGGUCUUCCCGGCCUGCAGCGGCUUCCUCUUCCUGCUCUCCGUGGCCAUGACCGGCUGCUUCCUGUGGCAGUAUCACCUCCCCAAGCUGCAGACAGGUUCUCCAGAACCAGAGACCACGUCUACCCCUGCGACCAUGUGUCCUCGGCACCCAGAGCCAGUGCCACUGGCCCACCCCCUCCCUGUGCUGAAGGAGGCUCUGGAGAAGGUGGAUGAGCUCCUGAGCCAGGCAAUGUCUGCCCCUGGCCUGGCGGCCAUGUCUGCAGUGGUCAUCCACAAUGACACCGUGCUCUGGACUGGCAACUUCGGGAGGAAGAAUGGCUCAGACCCCAGCUCCGGGACCCCCAAUGAGUACACCAUGUACCGGAUCGCUAGCAUCUCCAAGAUCUUUCCAGUGCUCAUGCUGUACCGCCUGUGGGAGGAUGGCCUCGUGGCCUCCCUGGAUGAUCCUCUGGAGCGCUAUGCCAGUGCCUUCACCAUCAACAACCCGCUGGGCGUAGCAUCAGCCCCCGAAUCACAGGGCCUGACAGAAGGGCUGGAAGAGGUGGGCCCAGUCCCAAGGCCUUCGCCAGUCACCCUCCGGAGGAUGGCCAGCCAGCUCUCAGGGCUCCCCAGAAGGCUGUGCUCCACUUCACUGCUGUGGAGAGGCAGCACCCAGGAGGCCUUACGCCUGCUCAAGGAUGAUGUGCUGGUGGCCGACCCAGGAACCAGGUGCCAUUACAGCACGCUGGCCUUCUCGCUCCUGGCCCACGUCCUGGCGGCCCACACGGCGCAGGGCGGCUACGAGCGCUGGGUGGCAGAGAACGUGCUGGAGCCGCUGGGGAUGGCGGACACGGGCUUCGACCUGACGCCCUCGGUGCGCGCGCGCCUGGCGGCCGGCUUCUACGGCAGCGGCCGGCCGGCGCCGCUCUACGACCUGGGCUGGUACCGGCCCUCGGGCCAGAUGUACUCGACGGCCGCCGACAUGGCCAAGCUGGCCAUGGCGCUCCUGGGCGGCGGGCCCCGGCGGCUCCUGCGGCCCGACGCGUCCAAGACGCUGCUGGCGCCGCUGCUGGCCUGCCCGGGAGCCUACUUCGCCAACGAGACGGGCACGCCGUGGGAGUUCCACACCCAGCGGGGCUACCGCGUGGUGCGCAAGGACGGCGACCUGGACGGCUACGCCGCCACCUUCUCGCUGGUGCCGCCGCUGCGCCUGGGCCUGGUGCUGCUGCUGGCCGGGCCGCGGCCCCCGGGCGCCGACCUGGUAGCGCGGACCUACGACGUGCUCCUGCCCGCCCUGGAACGCGCCCUGCGCGAGGCCGAGCGCCGCCCCGCGCCGCCACCCAGCGCGCGCCCUUUCGCCGGCUUCUUCACCUACGCCAACCUGACCUUCUACGAGGUGCGCGCCGGGCCCGAGGGCGAACUGCGCCUGCGCCAGUUCGGGCCGCGCGUCGAGGCGCUCGUGCCCCCGGCCUUCCGCACGCUGGCGCUGCGUCACGUGCGCGGCCGCGUCUUCCAGCUGCACGUGGCGCGCGCGUUCCCGUGCGCGCUGCCGCUCGGUGGCGACGCCUGGCUCUCGCUCGAGGCCCAGCACGGGCAGCUGCUCAGCUUCUACCCGUUGGAUCACCAUGGGCUGUCCCCGGGCUUCGAUGUGCCCGGCCUAAACACCUACCAGGUUCUGCGGCUGCAGCGCAAGCCCGUCUUUAAGACCCAGUGA